AGAAAUGUAUACAACGAUCCUGUGACUGCGUCCAUUUUCUCCUUCGUUCAGCUCUUAACUUCUUUUGGUUUCUUUUUUCUUUUACAGUUUUUUGUUUUCUUCCGGGGCCGGCCCACAUUGAUCAGAAUUCCCUAGUAGUAUAUCGCUUCUUAUUUUCAUUCCUUGUCCUUCCGUUGCAACCUUCCAGGCAGGUACUUUGUUGCUGCGCAUCUGUUUCAAAAGACUCGUUUGCGUCUGGCACGCUUUUUGUACCUCCACAUUACCCUGAACACCAUGGCUACAUCGUUGAAAGCAGAGCUGGAGAUAUGGGCAGCAGCUUUGAAGGCGUAUGACGAGCAGGAUUUCGAGAAGGCCCUGGAUUCAUUUUCGCGCAUUGCGGAUUCCUCCAAAAUCCUCACAAACAUGGGCCUGAUUUAUGCCACGAUUGGUGAGCAUGAGGCUGCAGUCGAGCAAUUCAUGGCUGCUACAGCUCUUGAUCCGUUCCUUGCUAUUGCCUACUUUCAAUGCGGGGUGUCUAACUUUUUGCUGAGCCGAUACGAUAUUGCUUUGCAAAACUUUAAUGAUGCGCUACUCUAUCUUCGUGGAAACCAAGCCAUUAACUAUGCACAAAUUGGCCUCAAAUUCAAACUGUUCUCACCUGAGGUGCUCUUCAACAAAGGUCUUUCUCAAAUCUACCUUGGCUACCCGACCGAGGGGCUAGCUGAGAUGCAGAAUGCGCGCAAUAUGAAGGUGACCGAAGAUCACGACGUAAUUGACGAUGCCAUUAAAGAUCGUGGAGAGGGAUAUACGGUCUUUAGUAUUCCUGUUGGCGUGCUGUACCGCCCGUCAGAGAAUAAGCUCAAAAAUUCCAAAAGUAAAGACUAUCUUGGGAAGGCGAAACUUGUUGCAGCAUCAGACGCCACUGAUGCGUUCACUGAAUUCACUGGCGUCAAGAAACUCAAGGAGGACCGUGAGAAAGCAAAAGAAAGAGAUGACGACGAUGGGUUGAGGAGAAGUGCAACUGUUCCCCCGCCACGUACCGAACCCGUUGACCGGCCUAGUGUUGAGCGCUCUAAAACAACGAUCGCGGGUCUGAGGUCCACCCCGGCCUUCCCAUCUACUGCUGGUAUGGCACUUGCCCUGCCCUCCACAUCAGGUUUGUCGAGGAGCAACACUGCCGCACCUGCGAGCAUCAACAUUUCUACUUUCGCUUCUAGUCGCCCUUCAACCGACGAUGCACCUGCCCUGUCACCCACGUCACCUUUGGCGAGGAAUAACCUUGUUGCACCUUCCCGCAGCAACACUACUAUUCGUCCCAUGGCCCCUUCAGGCGUGGCUGUAUCAAGAGGACUGACUACAAGGACAAAAGAACCUCUGCCUAGCCAGCUUGUCAAUCAAUCUGGAGGCCUCUUCCAACCCCCAUUUGCGUCACAAUACUAUCCUGAUCCACCGCAGGUGCCGAAACAAUACCCACAGCAGCUAAAUCAAACCCAGCCGCUGCAGCCACGCAAUCAGAACCAACAAUCUCAGCCGUACCAAACCCAGACCCUUCCUGACAAUGGAUAUCAGGUUCCGCCAUCUAGUCUCCAGCCUGGUGUUGCUGUACCAAAGGUGCCAUUCGUGCUCCGCGCCGCUCCCCCUCCCCAAGAGGCAUCGGCUCGACAGCUAAAUUUCCUUGAUGACUACAUUGAUUCCUAUACCGAAGAUUUUCCACGUUCUGUCGUGCAAGAAUCGCUACCCAAUAAGGACGUGGAUCGCGUGGUAUUGUGGCCUCAGGGAAGUUCGCAGUCAAGUCCAGGGACUAUGGUUACUGGCUCGAUGAUUCAGCGGAUACCCUCACGCAAUGAGCUCGGCAACAAGGGACCCUUGAACUCCGAGACGCCAAGCGCUGUCAAUAUCUCCCGCGUCGGUGGGGGAAGCAUGCGUCGGAAACCAAACAGACGAACGACGCAGAGGCGGCCAAAGGCAGCGUACGAGGAAGAGGAGGGGUAUGUGAGUGAGGAGUAUGAUGAUUCCUAUGAAUUGUCAAAUAUCCGUGUGAAGUUGCAUUACCAAGGCGAUGUGCGUGGAAUGAUGCUGAUGCCCGACACGUCAUUCGAAGAAUUCGUCGAGCGCGUGACGAGCAAGUUUGGCACUACUAUGGAUGGUCUGGGUCUCAAAUUCAACGAUGAAGAUGAUGUGAAAGUGACCUUGAGAGACGGUAGUGAUUAUGAACUUGCCAUCGAGACUGCACGAGCGAACCUGAAGGGGAGGAGUGAGGGGAAGCUGGAGAUUUGGUGCACGGAUAUGUGAGACUAAUGCGCUGACUCUCACUUGCGUUUUAGCUCUCUGCGGAUGAAUUUAUCUUUAAUUUUGGAGGACGUGUGUCGUAUUCUUAAAUAAUGUUUCGCUGUUGUACACAAUAUUAUCCUGGUUGAUAAUCGAAUAGGAGCUUGUCUCGACUUGUG